AUGAAAUCGUCUUUAAUCUUUUUUACAAUAACUAAACAAGUCAAUUAUGGAGAAGCCAUCUAUGUAGUCUUUAAUUUCGCCAAUUGGAGUCUGAAAGAGGCUUUUAGAAUGGAAUGUCAAAAGGUAUUGUUAAUUUUCAUUUUUACUAGAUUGAUCAAUGGAGUAAGGAAAUAGAGAUCUCCUGUCCUUAGUUCGAGUACAAAUACGUUAUAGGACAGUACGAUAACAUAUUGGAAGGAGAAAUAGUUUGGGAAGAAGGGCCAAAUAGAUCUUCUGAAAACUUGAAAUUAUUGGAAAUGAGUUUGAGCAAAAUCUAAUUCGAGGAUGUGUGGGAGAAAAGAAAUUUGAUGUUCUUCCUACUAGACAAAGAGUAAAAUAGAAAGAGGAAAAAGCAUCUGGAACAUGACAUUCUAUUAUUUGGAUAAGUGAAGGCUUUGAAUUCACCAGUUAAAUUUUCUAAUUGUUAAUUAAACUAAAAAUCAUAAUUAUACUAUAUAAAUUUACAACUUGAACCAGAUGAGAUUACCAACCCUAUAGAGAUCCAAAUCUAUAUGCAGACUCAAUUUAAAAAACGUAUUUAUAAUUAAUAGUUUCAGGUUUCAUAGAAAUUAUCUCCAAAAAUGUUAAACUUAACUUCAGAAAUUAUCCAAUCAAUAUCUGUGAAGAAAUAUUACCUGACUCUAAAUGUUACCUUCUCAAAUGA